AUGCUGUAUAAAAGCCCCCAAACCCGCCUUCAUGUCUCUUGUCUUCUUACUACCAUCUCACCCCUCUUGUCUUCUCCUUCAAUCCGAACUGGCGGUUUACCAGAGCUCCCACCUCUUUUGGACACCGAUGGCGGUCAAGUGCCAUCGGCGAGGAUCCUACUUAUGCGGUCAUUGCCAUCGCCCAUUGACGCCAUUGCCUUCGGCGGAUCAUCGUCGACUCGCCGGCACUCCACCAUCGCGCUUCAUCGAAGAUCCCCUUUGCCACUCACUGACGAUGCGCGCCGUGCUGACAUUGAGUUUCAGAAAUUCCGUUCUCGCCACAAGAUCCAUGACGAAAACAAGUCCGUUGCCGCUACAAGAGCCAACGAUGAAGAACCCACAAGAACCAACGGCCGAAUGAAAAGUCCCACAAGAACCAAUGAUGAAGCCCUGGGUCCUGCAGAAGCCAUACCACACCAACUGGGCGCGUAUGGCGUUACUGGUCGUCACUUCAGGGGUCUUUUUCGUUGGGUGCUCUGGCCUUGA